AUGACAUCUCGAAAAUCGCCUAAUAUCAUUAUCACGGGCACGCCUGGUGUCGGAAAGACGACUCAUUGCGAGAGUCUUGCUGAACGAACUGGCCUGCGUCACCUCUCAGUCAACCAGGUUGUGAAGGACAAGGAGUGCCAUGAGGGAUGGAGUGAUGAAUUCCACAGCUGGAUCCUACUUGAUGCUAUUGAGGACGAUGUCAAGGCUGGUGGAUGCAUCAUUGACUGGCACGCAUGUGAUCUUUUCCCCCAGAGCUGGAUAGAUCUAGUCGUGGUUCUACGAGUUGAUUCUUCGACACUCUAUGACCGUCUCACAGCAAGAAACUAUCCUGAUUCUAAGCUUCAAGAGAACCUUGACUCUGAAAUUAUGGAGGUUCUUCUUCAGGAAGCACAUGAAGCAUUCGAUCAGGAGAUUGUCAUCGAGUUGACAAGCAACAAUUCCGAUGAGAUGGACACAAACGUUGAUCGCAUAGUCGGCUGGCUCGAUCAAUGGAAGAAGGACAACAACUAG